AUGUUAAUGUGUUGUAAUGCAAAAAGAAUAAAAACGGGUGAAUCUCCGCAUAGAUCUAAAUCAAAACCGAAGCAAAGAAACAGUGAAAUAUGCCCUAAGUUUACCAAGGAACGAUGGAUAGAGAUUAUGAAAGGAUCGUCAGAGGAUUAAGGCUAUUCUGAAUUAAGUUAUAAUCUGAGACAUAAUUUUCCCCAAGAUCUAAGAUGUCAAGUUUGGUUUUGGCUGACUGAGAAAGCUAGAAUCAAAAAUGUCUUAUAUUAAAAACUGUAAUAUGAGACGCCAUCAGAACAAUACAUACUUAAAGAUUUGAAUGGAAGUUUUCGAUAAAAAGGCAAUUCAAAACGAUUCUCUGGUUCAUCUGAUUCAAGCUAAUCAGAUAAAAAUUCAGAGCAGGAAAAAGUUGAUUAGGAGAAAUUAGAUAAAUUAAAAAGGAUUUUAAUUGCUUAUUCUAAUUUAGAUAAGGAAGUCAAAUACGUAAAGGGAAUGAAUUUCAUAGCAUCUUCAAUUCUAGAACAAUAGGUACAAGAGGAACUAAGCUUUAUUAUUUUAAACCACAUUUUAAAUAUCUAAAACUAUAGAAAAGUAUUUUUAAUGGAUAUGACAAUUCUUGAUAUUAUUGAAAAGCGGAUUUAGUUCGAAGUUCCUUUAAUUUAUUAUAAAAUGUAAGAAUUAAAAGUCAAACCACAAGAUUGUUUUGACUCCUAUAUAUUUUCCUUGUUUUAGCUUGUCAGGAAGGAAUUGGCACUUCGAAUUAUUGAUAUUUUCUUGUAUGAAAAAGAAUCAAUUUUGUAGACUGUUAUCAUUUAAUUACUAAAAAUGCAAUAAGUUGAAAUUUUGAGAUGUCAAGAUCAAGAUGAGAUGAUAAACUAUAUAAGAAAUGAUCUUAUAGAAGAUGCCCUAGAUAAAUUAGAUGAUGGAAAGGAUUAUCUAUCUUAGUUGCUUUCAAUCCAUUUGUGA